AUGAAGGGGAUCUCAGAGCGAAUCAAUGUGACUACUCCAGAGAGUCGUCCCUCAGGUUUUCCGGUCAAAGUACGCCUUCGACCAAUAAAUGCUACCUGGGUUGAGGUGACCUGGGAGCCGCCGCCUCUUCUUCUUAGAAACGGGUUUCUCACCAUCUACUACGUUCGAUUCUACGUAGACGGGGAGGAGAGUGAGACGGAGCAAAUGUACACCAUCUUGAUUCCCGAGCAACUCAAGUACGUCGCAAAAGACCUCAGAAGCCAAGCGUACUACCACUUCAUGGUACGUGCAUGCAAUACCGGUGGAGUCGGGCCGUGGUCACCUUCGAAUAACUUCCAGACAGCUGGUGAAAGUAAGCAAAUUUCAAUAUCCUCUCCGGUUGCAUCUUCACUAUAG